CCCACGGCUAUCAUCUAUAAAUAGAUACAAGAUGGCGGAUUAAAGACAACAACAUUUUUUGAAAUAAUGAUUUAAGAAUGUGAAAUCUGGAAGACAUUUUUACAGAAUGGCGUCAAGGAAACAGGUUUUGCUCCUGUUGUUAUGGUUACCAUUAUACAGCUCACCAUUAGAACAAAAUGUUAAUAAUUUACAAUUCUAUUUAGAUAGUUCUGCCGAUUGUAAUGGACCAAUCAGGAACGUUUAUAGUUCACGGACGACCAUCAAAGGUCAAGGAUCAACACAGAGCGGACCGGGACCAACGACGUGCACUAUAGCGUUACAAACAGAAAGACCUUAUGAAGUGUCUAGGUUUAAAAUCGAGAUAGGCGCUCUUAAGAUACAAGACUGUGGUGUAUAUUUCUCUAUAUAUGAUGGAGAGAAGACACAAAGUACACUGGAUUCAUUUGAUUGUAACAAAGGAGCUGAACUUAGUAUGAACUAUCUAGUGACGACCGGGGAUAAAGUUACAUUUCUGUUACAACGCCAAGAUAUACGUAAUACGGCUUAUGACAUUGACAUAGUAGUAACUCCAAUAACAGCUGGACAAGAUCCUGGGUAUGAAAAUAAUAAUGGCGCUGAUUUUGGUUACAACUAUCAUAGAAAAUUCCCAACAGAAGCUAUCGUUGGUAUAGUUGGUGGUUUGUUCCUCAUCAUUGCAAUCGCCAUCAUUAUCAUCAGCAUCUUUUGUUACCGUAAGCAGAAGGGGCUGAGCAGACGGUGGGAACAACAACCUCUUUCUCAUCUUAAGACCAACUCUGCCUACGAACCUUCUACCAGAAUGUCUAAGAGCGACUUGUCAGACACCAGUAGUGUUUGGGCGUCGGAAGUCUCCAAGAAUCCUGGUUAUCGGUAUCCCUCUAGAUCUCGUUACCGUGCCAACAGUGAAUACAGUGAUGAUGAGCACAGCCUUCCACCAAAAAGAUCUCAUUCCAAAGCAUUGUCCAGUAGAUCUGGACGAACUGAUCGUAGUCGUGAAACGCAACCACCAGGUUAUUAUACAGCCACCAGAAAUUCAUAUGUUGGUGCUGAUGAUGACCAUCCACAAGAUACUUAUGUAGAGAGGGAAGUACCCGUGAGGAGUCACCAUCGUCCAAAAAAGGUCCCGGUUAAAACAUCGUCAGUAGGUCUGGAUCCUGUUGAUUUGGAAGUCGAAGAUGGUGAAGAAAUAGAUGAAUCAGAAGUGGAAGAUGAGGUCCAAGAGGAGGUUGAAGAAGAAGAAGAAGAAGAAGCAGCAGAAGAAGAAGAACCAGAAGCAGAUAAUGUGGAAAGUAAUCAUGCACAACAAUCUGCUCACCCUCAACCAGCACCUAGAGGUCAUGGUUCUCAAUCAGUACCACUACCAGAUUCAGGUCACAUCCAGACCCUUCCUCCUCACAUGACACCCAUUGAUCCACGACUUUAUCCUCAGAUGAUGCAAGAUCCACGAAUGAUGCCCCAGCAGUAUCAACCUUACCACCCCCAGCAACAGUUCAUGCCCGUCCAAGGUGUUCCCUAUCAGGUUCCACCGGGCUAUCCUCCGCCACAUUAUCCAGGACAAGGUCACAUACCCGGUCAACAUCAACCCGAACCUGUUCAUGUUCCAUCUGUUAAACCAACUGAUCCACCAAUCUAUUCCUAUCUUGUACAGCGAGGGUACACACCCUUAGAUGGGCGUCAUUCCCCGGCUAGUAUGUCUUCUGCUGCUAGCCACAAUUCAGGAAAAAGACUUCUUAAGGAGGAUUCAGAUUCAGGGAACCUUGAAAGUGGAGUAGAGUUUAUGAGACGAUAAAACUUAAAUGUAGUUAUUUGCCUUUUUAUAUUCUAUAGUUUAAAAUGAUUACCAUGCAAUUAGGAAACUGUCCAGGACCAAGCUGUACAAAGCAGAUGAAGUUACUGGUUGAGUUCAUUGGAGCUGUAUAAUCAAAAGUCUGUGAGCUUUGGAUCUCAGGGGUUUUAUUGACACAAGCUUUAUGAACCGGAACCACAAGGGCUUUUUGACAUGAGCUUUAUGACCCGGAACCACAUGGGGCUAUUAUUUAACAUGAGCUUUAUGAACCAGAACCACAAGGUCUUUUUGACAUGAGCUAUAUAAACCAGAACCAUUAGGGCUUUUAUUAACAUGAACUUUAUGAACCACUUUGGCGUUUUUAACAUCCUUUUUAUGCAUCGGAACCACAAGGUUUUAUUAACCUGAGCUUUAGUUGAAGGUUUUGCAUCAGGAACCACAGGGACUUUUGUUGGGAAAGCAGGGUUUUUAUCAUGUGGACUUUGUGGACUGGAACCAUAUGGGAUUUUAUCACAUGGAUUUUGUACAGCAGGAACGGAGAGAUUUUAUUGCAUGGACUUUGUGCCUUAGUACCACAGGGGGACUGGAUGAUUAAUCCAUCUAAUAAUAAAUCCAUAUAUUAAUAUAAUCCUUGAAUUUAAAACUUGUUAAAAUAUUAAUCUUCAGUAAUGAUCCAUUGCCAUUUACAGAGCUAACAAAAUUAUUGUAAAUUGUAUCCCCAAACAGAAGCUUCUUGGAUUAAGAUUGAUGGAAAAUGAAUCUAAAUUCGGUAAAUUUGAUAGGCUAGCUGCUGCAAAUGAAUAUUUGCUUUGUACAUAAAAUGUCGAGGAAGUGGCAGACAGUCUACAUUUCAAAAUUUAUUUCAAUUAAUGGCUGUAAAAAAGUGAUUGGGAAUUAUGCUCAGUUGUAUUGACCGUUUGACUUAAAAUAUGCAUUAUGUUAGAGCUAAAUCUGCCUAGUGUAGGUAUUUUUCUUGCUUCAAAUUUUCUAUAAGUUAUUUAUUUACAUAACAAGCCCUUAAUCAACUCUCAAAGCAAUCGGAUUGUUGGAUAUUAAUUGGAUUAGGUCACAUGCACUAUUAGCAAUGACAAUGGAGACUUUCAAAACCUCAAACAUUUAUAACUUUGCUCAGAAUAAAGUAAUUUAACUGAAAUUUUAAUAUAUUCAUUUUUCAUUACCUAUUUUUGAACUAUUACAGCAAGAACAGCCAGCUCUUUAUCUAAAUCAUACAUAAUGCAUCUUUAAGCCAUUUAUGCAUAUUGACUUUGAUGUUCACAAAAUUUGAAAAAAAAUAUAUUCAGUAUCUGGCAAUCAGACGCCAAUUUCACUUGCUAAGAAAGUGUAUAAUUUUGCUAAAGUAUUCAACAUUCCAUGUUCGUCAUCUAAUUUCAUCUCAUUCAUAAUUAAUUUUGUAUAUGUUGAAAAUUACUUUGUAUAUGUUGAUAAUUACUUUGUAUAAUUAUUUUGUAUUUGUUGAUAAUUACUUUGUAUAUAAAGAUAAUUAUAUAUCCAAAAAUAUUAGCACAACCGUUAAGCUGCACUACUUUGUUGCACGGUACGAUGAAAAGAUAAAAGGUAUGCCGACACCAGCUGAUCUCAACACUGAUUUAAUAACAUUUAAACAUGCAUUAUGCAAGAGCAAAAUCUGCUUAUUACAAGUCUUUCUUUAGGCCUGAAAUGUUAUCUAAAUUAUCAAUUAGACAUUAAUUAACUUAUCCAGACCAUAAUAAACUCUCGAUGUCAAGGCUAGCCCUCGAUGUUGGCUGGAUUAGAUUCCUAUAUGCCGCUAACGACCGUUGAUUUUAAAUCAAAAAAGUGGAUAAUCGAGACUAUGCUGUUUAUAUUAACGAGUUUAGUAAUGAUGACCUUAUCACCAACAACCGGGGAAUCGAAACCAUGCCAGUUGACUCAAUGGCAGACCUGAUCAUACAGCGCGCACGUCCUAUCCAUUCGCCCCCCCCCCCCCAAAUCUAUAAUAGGCAAUAAAUAGUCAAUGAGUAUAUUUUUAAAAAGAAAACAAAAUUUAAAACCGUUUCAAUUUUACAGGUGUGCUAUUAAUUUUUAAUUUAAUUCUUACUAUAUUGUGUUUUGUGUUUAUCUUCAUCUUUUAAUUUUUU